UUUUUUUUAAAAAAAAAAUACAUUUAUUAAUUUUUGUGUAUUUCUUUCGUAAAUUGUUUAUUAAAUAUAAAAAUGGGCAAUAUAUUCUCGAAAAAAAAGCAAGAGUCAAAGGAUUUUGAAGAAACGUUAUCGAAACUACAUACAGACAUUCAAAAAGUAGAAGAGCGAUUAACCCAAUUAAAGCUUAAACAAAGAAAGGCAAGCUUUUUAUGGAUAAUCUAUUCACUUAUUAUUUGGGUCAUUUGUGUUCUCUAUUUGUUUUAUUGUAUUGUUCAAACUGAAAGUAUUAGUAUACGAGAUGUACUUUACCCUGCAUUACUAGUCCUUCUGUUACCCUUUGGAAUUUAUCAUGUUAGAAAAUUAUUAGUUUGGUGGUAUGAACAGAGACAAACGAAAGAAGAAGCCAAGUUGGCCAAACUUCGUAAAAGACAAAAAGAUGAAGUAGAAGAUAUAAAGAAAAAGACUAAUUUUUACAAGACUCAAUCUUUAUUGGAACAAUAUGAUGAAGAAGUAAAGAGAAAGAAGAAAGAAAAUGAAUUACAGCAACAAAGAAAGCCUGCCACUAUGCCAAUGAGACCCAAUAGACAGUUAAUGACACCACAACCCCAUUUACAAUCACAGCCAAUUAAUCGACCCAUGAUGCAACAACAACAACAACAACAACAGCCUAUUUUUCCUCCUCAAGUUCGAAGUGAACCUAAAUGGUAUGAUAAACUGGUAGAUGCUUUAGUAGGAGAUGCUGGUCCCGAAACAAAAUAUGCUUUAAUUUGUAAUCAUUGUUUCCACCAUAAUGGCUUAGUAUUUAAAGAAGAGUUUGAUACAAUCCAAUAUAUCUGUCCUAAUUGUAAACAGUUUAAUCCUCCUCGUAAAUCAAAACAAGUCGAUAUCAAAAAGGAAAAUGAAACAUUAAAGCAAGAAAAAGAUAAAAUACAAGAAGAUAAAGAAAAAGAGGAAGUUUUGGCUAAAUUAAAAGAAAAGUAUUUAGGUGAAGAAGAGAAUGAAGCGACUACGAUAGCUUCUAGGGUUAGACAACGUCAUCAAACAACAACAACAACUACGUCUAAUGACACUGAAUAGAUUUAUCACCAGAUAAUUUAUCAUUUCCAAAAAUAAAAUGACCCAAUCCUGCUCCUAAAACAGUAGCCAUCAUAAGA